AUGAAAAGCUUCGGAACCCGUGCUGUCCGAUCUGGACUACCUCAUGAUACCAACACUGGUGCAUUGGUGGAGCCGAUCUGCCUUACCGCCACCUUUGCUCAGCAAGACAUUGCGUCUUCCACCGGUCCCUACGUCUACUCACGUUCUGGAAACCCCAAUCGCGAGAGCUUUGAAAGAGCUGUUGCUGACGUGGAGUCUGCGAAUCAUGCACUCGCAUUCUCUGCUGGGGCUAGCAGCGAACUCUCACAUCGUGUCCAUGGGAAGCCUCUACGGCGGACUCAUCGAUAUUUGACACAGCUUGCCCCAGCAUUCCGUGUCAAGGUCUCCUUUGUAGACGAUAUCCACACAGAACUGGCUCCGCUCAUUGAUGAGAGCGACAACAAGAUCCGAAUUGUCUGGAUUGAAACGCUACCUCUUGUCAACAUCCAGGCUGUGGCAGACAUGUCCCACGCCACAGGAGCCUUGGUUGUGGUGGACAACACUUUCCUGUCACCAUAUAUACAAAACCCGUUGAAACAUGAGGCUGAUAUAGUCCUGCAUUCGGUUACUAAGUAUAUGAACGGACAUAGCACUGUCCCAAGAUCCUCGCUACGCUAUCGUUCUUUCAGAAUGCAGCAGGAAGUGUGCCCGGUCCUUUUGACUCUUGGCUUGCCCACCGCGGGCUCAACAGCCUUGCAUUUCCGUGCGCCUAGGGCAUCUCACACUUCCUGGGAAUUGGCGAAUGCGCUUGAAGCAUCGUCCGACGUUCUAACUGUGAAUUAUCCUGAUCUUGCCAACCAUCCACAACGACGAAUUGCGAUCCAGCAGCAUCGAAACGGAUUGGGAGGAGGAAUGAUAUCCUUCCAGAUCAGAGGGGGUUCCAAGGCAGCAGCAACAUUCUGCGAGGCGACACAGCUUUUCACCUUUGCGGAGAGCUUGGGAGGGCUGGAGAGUCUCUGUGAGAUACCAGCGGAGAUGACGCAUAAGGGUGUGCCGAAGGAUGUACGAGAGAAGGGUGGGAUUUAUGAUGAUUUGAUUCGACUCAGUGUGGGAGUUGAAGAUAUGGAUGACUUGAAGCGGGAUCUAUUGGAAGCUUUGCAAAAGGCUAUACAUGAGUAG